CUCAAUUGUACAACGUCGUCCAAUGACAGCUAGUAUUCGGGUCCCGGAUAGAGGGGUUAUUCCAAAUUCCAGAAUCAAAACACAUCAUGAAUUGUGUUAACACAUCAACAUUCCUAGAAGGAUUUGGGAUUUUGCGGCGUGGUAUUCACUCGAGAGGGAGAUGCAAACGUAUAAAGUGUAGGAGGAAUCCUUUGUCCCUACCUGAAACUCACUUUCGAAUCUUAUUCCAUUUGCAAAACAGUCAAUACCACCAAUCCUCAAAGUUAUAUCGAAAAACAAAUAAAUUUAUCAGAAAGUUAAUAAAUCGCAACCAUGCCUGUCCCAUCCGACCCCGCAGUCGUCAAAACAAGUGAAGAACUAGUCCAUCAACUCCAAUCCAUGUUUGGCAAACAUGCCGGCAAACGCCCCGCCCACGCAAAAGGACUCCUCCUAACCGGAACCUUCAUCCCCACUCCAACGGCACGCACACUCUCCAGCGCUCCUCACUUCACCUCCCCCAGCACCCCCAUCUGGAUCCGCUUCUCCAACUCCACCGGGAUCCCCUCGAUCCCCGAUUUCGAUGCCAACGCAGAUCCCCGCGGUAUCGCCAUCCGUUUUAUUCUCGAUGUCGAGAAACAUAAACAUACGGAUAUCGUUGCGCACUCCACACCUUUUUUCCCGACGCGUACCGGGGAUGAAUUUCUCGAAUUCCUAAAAGCUGCAGCGAGUAGUGGAGAGGGAGUCGAGAGUCCGAAACCGAUUGAGAAAUUCCUCGAUGCGCAUCCGAAGGCGUUGGCUUUUGUUACGGCGCCGAAGCCGGCGCCGACGAGUUGGGCGAGGGAGAAUUAUUGGGGGGUUAAUGCUUUUAAGUUUAUUGCUUCGGAUGGGAAGGAAACUUUUGUGAGAUAUAGGAUUGUUCCUGUGGAGGGUGUGGAGAUUGCGAGUGAGGAGCAGAAAAAGAGUUUAGGGGAGAAUUAUCUAACGGAAGAGAUUAAAGCGAGAUUGGAAAAGGGUGCGACGGAGUUUAAAUUGGAAGUGCAGAUUGCGGAGGAGGGAGAUGUGACGGAUGAUGCGACGGUGCAUUGGCCGGAAGAGAGAAAGGUUGUGGAAUUGGGACGGGUUAGGGUUGAGGGAUUAUUGGAGGAAAAUGAGAAAGAGCAGAAACAUAUUAUUUUUGAUCCGGUACCCAGGGUAGAGGGUAUUGAUGUUAGUGGUGAUCCGUUGGUGGAUGUUAGAGCGGGUGUUUACUUGAUCAGUGGAAAAGAGAGGAGAGCUGCAUAAGGAAUGAAUGGUGAGAGGAGCAUGGAGAAUGAGAAAGAUCUUGGAAACCAGACAUAUAUGAGUUCUCGGCUUUCAGCUCACUUGAGAAAUCAAGGUUUAUGAUACUGCUGUUUCUUCAUUGACUGAAGCGCAAAUA